AUGGCACCCAGGGGCCUCCUCCUGCUUGCCGUGCUGGCCCUGCAGGCAUGCGGCGCGCUCGCGCGGGUGCAGCUGAAGUCCGCCUCGAGGGCAGGUGAUGUGCUCCAGCGGGACUCGGCGCCGACGGGCUCGCAGCUGAACAUCCGGAGGAAGGUGCCAGAGCAGCAGCCGACGGCGCCGGCCUCCUCGAUGCUGCAGCGCGUGCUGGGGCGCCAGGCGGCCGCCAGGGCGGAGAAGGCCGCCGGCGCGCGCGGGGCCGCCGUGCUGGAGGACGCGGGCUCGCUGAUGCAGACCGUGGUGGAGACCAAGGUGGGCUGGCCGGGGACAUCCCCCUGGCCCCUAAGCGGACAGGGGAAACAUCGCAGGCUCUUCGGAGGGAUAUCUUUCGCUGAGCAGUGCUUGCGCAUAACGCUUUUGGGUUCCGGGUUGCCGCAAUCCGCCACAUAG